CUUCUCAACCUCGCAUCAAAUCAUCACUACGGUUUCCACCUCAAAUCAACCACCCCUCCUCUUCCUCUUCGGUUCUCUAUGCCCUUUGUUAUUCAUAUUCAUAUAUUGCCCGACCCUUUUUGGCCUGUAGAACCGAUCCUUCGACCGUUUUCUCUGUCCUGACCACCCGUAGCUUUCUCUCAGACCGCGUCUCCCAAUCACCUCAACUACCUGCUCUCCGUCCCCUCUUUCUUUUCUUUUCCGCUAUUUCUUUUUCUUUCAAUCUUCACGUUCUUAUCAGCUUAGUCUUAAUUCAAAAUGAGUUCUGGAAUACCACCCUGGCGCGUUACCGCGUCAGCAACUGCCACUGCUCCUGUAUACCAAAAUCAUGCCACUCCAGCGUAUAUACCAGUUCAAGCACGACGUAGCCUUGCACAGCCAACACCAGCAAGCUCCACCCCAGCCUCUACAUCCGCUUCAUCGCAGCCAGCACCAGCACCAGAACCAGAUAGCUCAGCACCUCGCAAACGAUUGGAGUGGCCAGCCCCUGUGCGCAUGUAUGUACAAAGAAGUUUUGCUCCUGAGAAUCAGAUAUCCGGUGUCGCCAGGAAAGAAAUGGAGUUGAAAUUAAGGGCGAUUAUAACAGACGCAGCACAGAGUGACACGUUGGGGAAAAUCGACUGGGAAUCUCUGCCUUUGCCUCAGAUCAUGGUACAGAACGAUAAAACUCGUGUUCUGGCUAACCCAGAGGCAUCCAACUGGGGAGCACCAUUUGCUGCUCAUGCACCAAAGCAUGAGACCGCAGCCGAGGAGUUAUCGCGGAAGAGGAAGUCGGCUGAGUAUCAAACGGAUACGAACAGCUACCCGCCGUGGAGACAAACUAACAAACAAAAUGCUUUUGAAGAUCGAAUCUCUUAUUCCCCAACUGACAAGCGACAACGGAUAGAUUUCAAGAAUUCAAGUAAGUCCAAAGCUAAUCUGGAAAUGCGAAAGAAACGGUUCGAGGAUCCGCGGUCUGGUUAUGCGUCUUCUCCGUCAUCUCGCGGUGAAUCCCCUACCCCUGGCCCGCCCUCUGGUCCUGUGGUUGGAACAUGCCAAAACCUGGAGAAGAACUACUUCCGGUUGACGUCUGCACCGAAACCGGAUACGGUCCGUCCACUUCCGGUUCUCAUGAAAACGUUAGACCUACUCAAGAAGAAAUGGAAAAGGGACAACAACUAUGGCUAUAUUUGUGAUCAGUUUAAGUCAUUGCGGCAGGAUUUGACAGUGCAGCACAUCAGGAACGAGUUUACCGUCAAUGUCUAUGAAAUACACGCCCGUAUUGCUCUGGAGAGAGGCGAUCUUGGUGAGUAUAAUCAGUGCCAGACGCAGCUGCGAGCUCUGUACGCCCAAAAUCUUGGAGGUCACCCGACCGAGUUCAAAGCGUAUCGCAUUCUCUAUUUCAUCCAUACUCGCAACUGGACGGCCUUGAACGAUGCACUGGCGGAUCUAACCCCGGCAGACAAGCGGAACCAUGCUGUGAAACACGCAUUGGAUGUGCGGUCUGCCCUUGCUCUUGGAAACUACCACCGCUUCUUCCAGCUUUAUCUCGAUACUCCAAACAUGGGGGCUUACCUCAUGGAUAUGUUUGUGGAUCGUGAGCGACUGUCUGCACUUGCCGCCAUUUGUAAAGCAUACAAGCCAGAUGUAAAAAUUCGUUUCAUCACCGAGGAGCUGGGAUUCGAGUCCGACGAGCAGAGUGCGCGGUUCAUCCUUGACCAUACUGCAGAGGAUCUGCUCCAAGAAAAGGAUGGCAUCGUGAAACUGCUUACAGGAGGCAGAGCCGCCCAACUUUUUGAGCAAGCGAAAUCCGAAGCCCACCGCGUUGUUGAUAUCAAAGGACAGAUCUAGUUCAAUUAUUCUUCACUCACAGCGCUCCCGGUACUACCUUUUCCAUGCUCGGUUUUCGACCCGACCCUCCCCCUCCCCCCCCCCUUUUUUUUUUUAAUUAUUAUUCCCCGUCUUCUUUUAUUUUCUUCUCGCGACCUCCUCC